AUGGAUCACGUGCCUCUCUUCUCUCCCUUCUUCUUCUUCUUUCCUGUAUGUGUGUUCCAACACGUCUUCUACGCAGUAUUAAGCUUUAUUAAUUGUUACUAUUGUUGUUAUUAUUAUGGCUUUGCCGUUGUUGUUCAUUAUCCGCGUGUGUGUGUUUUCUUUCUUAUACUUUUCGAUAUCUUUUCAUCACCGUGUUUUUUUGUUUGGUGCUUUGUUUUUCCUUGCUCUGUUGGGAGUGAAGUACGCAACGUCGGCUGCUGCGGUCCAGGUUGCCGGUUGCACCGCAUCCUGUCAAGUACUGUCGUAUUAUACUCAUAUAUUCUUUUUUGUUUGUUUCUGUGUUCCCUCUUCCCUCCAAUGCAGCACAUCCUGUUUUUGUUGUUCCUCUUGUUUUAUGUCUGGCUUGUUUGUUUUCCUUUUUAUAUAUAUUUUUCACGCACGCAUACACACACACACACACGCACACGCGCGUCAACACAUGCACGCAUGCAUACGACCGCGUGUGCGUGCAGGGUGGGUGUCUUCUUGCUGAUUUAUUUUGUAUAUUCAAUCGCUAUGCUGUUGUCAUAUUAUAUAUUUCGCCGCGCGUGUCCUCUCUUCCUUUGUUUUUUGGUUUUUAUCCUUUGCUCUUCUUUUACGAUUCGCUGUUGGUGUUGCGGCAGCGUGUAUUUGGCGCUGCCAUCUCGCUGA